UUGGUGAUAAAUGGAGUCAAGUAGUGGUUUAGAUGUGACCUGAAAAAUGGGCCACAAGCAUUAUGAAGAGAGAGAACUUGCUGGGAGGAAUGAUGGUUGUGAGCCUAAUCAGCAUGGAGAUUCGCAUACUUUAGACAGAUCUGGAAAGAAAUUAGAGAAAUAUAAAAAGAUGGUCAAUUCUUUUGAGUACUAUACCAAGAUUCUUAAGCUCUACUCUUCUCUUCCAACAAAAGCACCCCUCAUCCGUAUUUGGCAGAUCAAUUAUAUAUUAUUUGGGUUGGUUUACAAGAUUAAAAAGACUGUUUGGAAUUACCAAAAGGAAGAGGCUAGCAAUCUUUAUAGCCUAGCUAAGAAACUUGCCGUAAAUACUUCAGAUCUCCAAGAGAAGUAUAUAUGCCUCCUACCUAAAGAAGAGCAAAAAGAAUGGACCCAAACUAUGAAAUCACUCGAGAAUCUCUGGAAUAAAAAACAUCAUCCUUACUCAAAAGAUACGGCAGAUACUUCUUAUUUUAAGAAAUCAAAUUGGCUCCCAAAGGAUAGGAAAAAUAUGCACAAAUUAUUAUCAAAAUGACUUUCAAGAAGCAUAGAGAAGAAAGAUCAGGAGGCCCUUUCAAAAACCUAUCAACAUUUAUGGUCAAAUGCUGUUUAUAACAUUUCAGGCUGAAAAAAAUAGCUUCACCUCAGAAGAUAUGCUAUCUAUUAUGUCUAACAUGAAUAGUACAAAAAAGUUUAUCGAGAAGAUUAAGUCACUCCCUUUGCCUGCAAUCAAAGUCGCUAAAAUUAAAUUUGUGUCAAAAGGGAGGAAAGGAUAUGAAAGUUUCUUGAGCGAGUCAUUUGCAAGCAUAUAUGGCAGCCUCUAUUUUUCAACAGAGGAUUUAAUUUAUCCAAAUUAUUGCUUUAGAAAUAUAAUCAAGAUUUCAUCAAGAAUUCGCAAAGAAGUUAUGCUCGAUAAAUUAAAAAUAUCUAGGUCUCAACUUAAGCACAUUUUGAAAUCAUGUGCUCAUGUUAGUUAUCUAGUUCUUAAAGAUUGCACUGUCUCAGUUCCAGAAAUCCCAGAACUCUCCACUUGUCUCAAAGACACAAAGAUCACUAGAUUCAGCCUACUCUCAUGUUCGUUCUUGCUUUCUUGCUGUAAAUCCUAUGUUGCCUUAAUGUACCUUCUUGAAGGGAUUUCAAGCACAGAUAUGAAGAAAAGCCUUAAAGUGAUCAAGUUCGAAAGAAAUGAAAACCUAACAAAAUUGGAGCUCAAACACACCCUGGACAAAUGAGGAAUGAAGAAGGUUAAGGUUAAAGAAAGUUUCAGAUAUAGCUAA